AUGGAUUUAAUUGAAGUAGGCAGAAGACUUAAAAGAAAUUUUGACAGUUAUUUAAGUUAUAGACGAAUCACAUUCGGUAUCAUUGCUUUAUUAGUUAUCUUCGUUUACAUCAUUCCAUUUUUAUUUAGAAAAUUUGAAAUUCAUCGUUCACCUGACACAGUUGGAAAUGAAAUUGAUAUUUGUAUAAAAGAUAGACUUACUUCUUUUUAUUCAGAAAGUUUUGAAUAUAAUGUCAAUAUAAGGCAUGUGCCAGUUGAGAAAGAAGAAAAACCUUAUGUAGCUUAUGUUGGAAAUGGGAUUUUCGGUAUAGAAAUUAAUAAAAAUAGUCAAAUUUUUAUUAAACAAGGAAGAAGUUUAUCAUUAAAUUCACUUAUACACCCAAUACUUUUUUUGCAAAAUUAUUAUAUGACAACCUAUAAAGAAGCUAUAGUGACUAAUUAUUUAACUGGAAUUGUACACGUAUUUCAAUGUUAUGAAGGUGGAGUAUAUGCUUCUUUUCAGUAUUAUGCCCAUAGAACGCAUCAAACCAUAUUCGUUCAAGACAUUAAAAUAUCCAACCCAACUGAUAUUAAUUUUGAUGUAUAUGUACAGUCGAAUAAAGUGGUUGCUUGGCCAAAUUCAGUGCCACAUAUUGUAAAUAUUAAACAGGGUGAAAGCUUAACCUCAUACAAUUUAUAUUCUGGUGUUUUAAAUGUAAGUGAUUCUGAAGGAAUAGCCAUAUCUGUGGCAACUAGAAAUUUUCCUAUUAAAAUUCUAGUAGAAGCAAGGAGGACAAAACAUCUCCAUAUUGUUACCUCAUUAAAUUAUUCAUCUCCGACAAAAAAAUCAUUGUUAACAUCUAAAAAGACUGAAAUUGAAAAAAAUGUGAUUGAUACUUUAAAAAGAGUGAUUCUAGAAGAUUCUGAACAUCUUAAAGAAAAUCAUGCCAAAGUGUGGCAAGAACUUUGGAGUACAGGCUUCACUAUUGGCACAUCUAAAGCAAAAGAUGCAUUGAAUGGAGAUAAAAUCAAUGCAACCAUCACUAAAAUGGAUAAUAAAGAAUUGAUAGACAUGGGGAAUAAAGUUUUUUAUGCCGAAGGAUGUUAUAGCGAUUAUCAUACCUUAGAAGCGAAAAACUUAUGGGGAGAUUUGAUGACAAUUGAAGAUGUCAAUCAAAGGGUCAAAUAUUGGUUGUUGACGUUAGAAAAACAUGGAUGUCACAACAUGUUAAAAAUGGGAGCUCAUGGAGUUGUUCAAGCAAUGGUUCUUAGUUUUGGAACGCUUAGAUUUAGUAAUCAACAUCUUGAAUUUAAUGUACAUCCUAAAUAUUUACACAGAGAAUAUUUAUUUAGACAUAUUAGUUAUGGAAAUUAUACUCAUAUAAAUAUAAGUGUUAUACUAAAAGAAGACCUUAAAACUGUUAUUGAAGUUGCUUUGGAUAGAAGUGAGAGAAAUUAUUAUGCAUGUGACGCCGGGUGUCAAAAUAUAAUGCAAAUAGGUCAGCAAAAAAAAACAUUUCCAGUAAAACUUACUAAUCCGUUAAGUUCGAUAUUAUACAUAUCGUAUGAUAAACAGCACAUGGAAGAUUUAAGGCACGCCAUUCACGUCCUUGAAAUUGCCGAAGCUCCCGCACACGAACAUCAUUUAAUCGCUUUACAUCAACAUGGCCACCAUUUGGGAGGUCUUCCGACAUUUUUCUGGAUAUCCGUUUCCACGUUGAUUUUAAUUUUUCACUUAUUCUUAUUUAAACUUAUUUACAAUGAAUACUGUUCGGGCGGUUCUCAAGAAAAAUAUCGUUUCAGAUACGGAAAAUUAUGA